CUCAUAUCUAUAUCGACUGUCUCACCUCGUUUAGGAGGGACUACGAAUAAGACCUCUCGGAGUUUUCCUGAGGCAGUCCUACGUUGCACGACUCACAUUAGAACCUGAAAUGCAGCUAAAAGCCCCACCAGGAUCGGCCCAGAACAAUGGUCUAAUGUCUAUGCACCUGUACUGGACCUUUUUAUGUCUGGGGCCACUCGGAUGCGCAUCCUGGCUCCAUUCACAAUGGCAAAUUCGUAUAUUGAGACCUCCGGGUUUCGCCUUCAAGUUCGCUGCUUUUCUCAUUGACCCGGAGUUGGCUUAAUCCGUAAGUUUACCAAUCUAGGAUGACUUUUUUCCCUCCUGUGAAUUCCACCUCUUCCCAGAGCGAAUAUGGACCAAAAGAAAAGGCAUUGGCUUUGAAGAUUAUCAUCGAAAUUCUGUCAUAUCAAUUAACGUCCCCAGUGCGAUGGGUCGAGACACAGCAGCAAUUGUUUCAAAGCGAAACAUGCGUCCAACGGUUCAUUGAAAUUGGGCCCCGUACCAUACUCUCAACUAUGGCGAAAAGGUCAGCCAACGUCCACUCGAACUCCCAUCUUUCAGGUAGAUGGUCAAAUCCAGAAUUCCUUUCGUAUCAUGGCAAUCGAUCAGAGGUCUUGUAUCAGUAUACGCCCACUCAGAUAUCGGAGCCACGCCCUCAAUGUCCCAAUAGUCGCAUUAUUGAGAAUUCCACGACUCCUAGUGCUCCGACACACCCUCUGUCUAGCUCCAACGGUCCGGAGAUAAGUGCGGUUCCUACCGCAGAUCUGUCUCUCCAAGCGAGUCAUGUUAUACUUUCUAUUAUUGCUCAGAAGCUUGGGCGCCGCUUCGAUCAAGUUCGGGUAGAAAGCACCAUUCGAGAUCUCUCUAAUGGGAAAUCUACUCUGCAAAACGAAUUGACUGGUGACCUCGUUGCUGAAUUCGGUCGAGUACCGGAAGGCAUCGAAGACAAGUCAUUAUCCACUCUGGGAGACUCACUGCAGGCAAAUUUUAGUGGAGUCCCUGGUAAAAUAAUGUCUUUACUGAUCUCCAGGCUGGUAUCGAGCAAGAUGCCGGCAGGGUUUAAUCAGAGCACCAUCCAGGAUUAUCUGAACUCACGUUGGGGUCUUACAAAGUCUCACGCCAAUAUCCCGCUCUGUUUUUCGACAACUAUGGAGCCUGUGAGUCGAUUAGGAAACGCCGAUGAAGCGCGCAAUUUUCUGGACGACUUGGUAAACCAGUAUGCAACCUAUCAAGGUAUAUCGCUCGUGCCGUCGAACCAUUCUACCGACAGUCACGACUCCCUUGGUCCAUCUAUGGUGGAUACAGCUAGUCUGAAUAUUCUCAACAAGCGGCAUUCCAAACUCUAUCGCGACCAGUUUGAUUCGUUAGCAAAGUACCUUGAUAUCGAGCCGUUUGCCUCGGAGCAGGGUUCCGCGGACUCAGCGGCGCGAAUCUCCGAUCUGGAAGCGACAAUAAACUUGCUGAAUGCGGAAUUUGAUGACAAUUUCAUCAAAGGUAUCCAGCCUAUUUUUAAUAUAAAACAAUUGCGCGAGUAUGAUUCCUGGUGGAACUGGUCUCGAGAGGAACUUGUCCGGCUAUUGAGCGAAAUUUCUCAAGACCCUUCCAUCGCACAUCACCCAGGGAUCAAGAGUCGCAUACAAGAUCUGAUGAGUAAGUGGGAUCACAGUUGUUCGGAUAUUGUUCUCGCUCAUCUAAAUGGGCUGCAAAGUCGGUCCAACAGCCCAUUCAAUAAACUUCGACUUGCUCUAGAACAGGCCAUUGCCUUAGGCAACCAGACUCUAUCGAUAGACCCUUUAUUUGUCUAUAAUAUUCCACCCAUGGGUCCUCGAACGAUUAUCACGGAGUGCGGGCGUCUUGAAUAUCACGAGAUCCCGCGGCUCAUCAGCCAUUAUCCUGAAGCUGUGGCCUCAGGGCGAACUUGUGAUGACGAUGACGACGUAGCUCCUUUCGUUCACAUCAAGACCAGGUCCGACGGAGGAGACUGGAAAUAUGACCCCAGAGCCACUAGUAUUUACCAUGCUGUGUUGGAUGUGGGUGUCACAACCGGCUUCACCUUUGCUCACAAAACAGUCCUGGUAACGGGAGCUGGUCCCACCUCCAUCGCAGCAAAUAUUAUUCAAGGACUUUUGAGAGGUGGUUCUCGUAUCAUCGUCACCACGAGUCGGUCUAUGUCGCAGAGCGCAGGAUUCUACCAGCAGAUGUAUCGCCAGUAUGGGGCAAAGGGAUCCUCCUUGGUGGUUUUGCCCUUGAACCAGGCGAGCAAGCAAGAUUGUGAAAUGUUAAUACAGCAUAUUUACGGGGCUGACUCUCCAACCGAUGGCGACUUGGAUUAUGUACUUCCGUUUGCCGCUAUCCCGCAAUCUGGGGAGCCGGACGGUUUGGGGAGCCAGCAAGAACUUGCGCUUCGGGCAAUGCUUGUCAAUAUUCUACGCAUUAUUGGUACUAUCCGCCGAGAGAAAGAACGGCGGCGCAUUGAGAAUCGGCCAACCACCGUUAUUUUGCCGAUGUCCUGUAAUGAGGGUACAUUCGGCGGUGAUGGGUUAUAUUCAGAGUCUAAAAUAGGGUUGAAGACCUUAUUCAAUCGUUUCUUCUCUGAGAGCUGGUCAAAGUAUUUGACAGUAUGUGGAGCGGUUAUUGGAUGGACAAGAGGUACUGCUAUAAUGCAAUCUUCAAAUUUUGUCGCGGAAGAAGUAGAAAAGUUGGGGGUUAUGACUUUUACUCAGCCCGAGAUGGCUUUCAAUAUUCUGACCUUGAUGACACCUGCACUGACUGCUUUAGCCGAGGAUGCACCGAUUUAUGCCGAUUUGACAGGAGGCUUGGAUUCAAUGUGGAACGUCAAAACACAUAUUUCGACGGCGCGAAAAGGAAUAUCUCACAGGCAUCUGCUGCAAAAGGCAAUAGCGGAGGAAAAUGCUCGUGAAGAGACUAUGUUAAGCAGCGCAUCUGAUACGAGACCAGAGCUGAUGUUACCAACUAAUACUCGACGGGCCAGACUUACCAUACCCUUUCCACUAUUAAGCGACUUGGGCGAGGGCUAUCCCAGUCUUGAGGGCAUGAUUGACCUUAGCCGUGUUACAGUGGUGGUAGGAUACUCUGAACUAGGACCAUGGGGAAGUGCUCGAACGCGAUGGGAGAUUGAGCAUCAGGGUGAAUUUAGUCUUGAGGGCUAUAUUGAGAUGGCGUGGAUCAUGGGUCUCAUAAAGCACGUCGAUGGGGAGGUUAAAGGCGAGCCCUAUGUCGGGUGGGUGGAUGCAGCGACAGGUUCGCCUAUACCGGACGACCGAGUGCCGCAAAAGUACCACCAACAUAUCAUGAGCCACUCCGGUUUGCGCCUAAUCAAACAAACCAAGAAAGAUAGCUAUGAUCCAUCACGGAAGGAGUUUCUUCAUGAAAUUGCAGUAGAAGAAGACCUGGCCCCGUUCGAGGCUUCAAAGUCUACUGCUGAAGCGUUGAAGUUACGGCACGGCGAUAAUGCCACCUUACUUCCCAUUGCGGACUCGGAUAACUAUCAAGUAUGCAUCAAGAAGGGUGCAGUUUUGAUGGUACCCAAGGCUGUUCCAUUUGAUCAAGUCGUCGCAGGAAGAAUUCCCGAUGGGUGGGAUCCUACUCGUUACGGGAUCCCUGAGGACAUUGUCCAGCAAGUAGAUGUGAUCACAUUAUAUGCACUUUGCUGUGUCUCGGAUGCAUUCCUAUCGGCUGGGAUCCAGGACCCCUACGAGAUAUACAAACACAUCCAUGUGUCUGAACUCGCCAACUGUCUUGGUUCCGGAGGUGGUCCAAUGAAGGUUAUUCAAAACAUGUAUCGCGACCGAUUUCUGGACCGCCAAAUGAGAGGCGAUAUAAUCCUUGAACAUUUUAUGAAUAGCAUGGGAGCUUGGGUGAAUAUGCUACUUCUAUCAGCUACUGGCCCCCUGAAGACGCCGGUUGGUGCAUGCGCUACAGCAAUUGAAUCUCUAGACAUUGGAUGCGAAGCUAUACAGUCCGGGAGAUGCAAGAUGGCCGUAGUUGGCGGCUGCGACGACUACGGCGAGGAGUUGGCAUUUGAGUUUUCCAAUAUCAAUGCGACAGCCAACAGCACAGAAGAGUUGGCUAAAGGAAGAAACCCGUCUGAUAUAUCUCGCCCGACAUCCAGCUCACGGAGCGGGUUCGCGGAAUCUGCAGGCUGCGGUGUACAGAUUUUGAUGAGUGCAGCACUUGCGAUAGAGAUAGGGCUGCCCAUCUAUGGGAUUGUCGCCUAUACUCAUAUGGCAAGCGACCAAACCGGCCGCUCUAUUCCAGCACCGGGGAAAGGUAUUUUGACCGCUGCGCGAGAGACCAGUCAGGCCAAACAAUCACCUCUACUAGAUCUCAAGCUCAGGCGCGCAGCUUUCGCCAGAGAAGUUUCUGAUAUCUACAGCUCUGCGAAUGCGGAAUCGAACCUCACUGGUCCAGGUGCGAGCAAUGCUAUCAAAAGUCGCGUCCGUGAUAUCCAAAACCGCUGGGGAAAUAACAUCCGUCAAUCCGAGCCAGGAAUUUCCCCAAUUCGAGCUAGCCUGGCCACUUGGGGACUCACUAUUGAUGAUAUCAACAUCGUUUCCAUGCACGGAACCUCCACCAAAGCCAACGAAGUGAACGAGGGCGAUGUCAUCAACACCCAAAUGGAGCACCUCGGUCGUCAAAAGGGAAAUCCGCUUCUUUCAGUUUGCCAGAAGUCUCUAACGGGACACCCAAAGGCUGGCGCUGGCGCCUGGCAACUCAACGGCUGUCUUCAAAUAUUGCGAGACAAUAUUGUCCCUGGAAACCGCAACGCUGAUAAUAUCGACAGCCAGCUACGGAAAUUUGAACACUUAGUGUACCCAAUGCAAUCCAUGAAGGUGGCAGAAGUCAAAGCAACUCUGCUCACAUCAUUUGGCUUUGGUCAAAAGGGAGCCAUGAGUAUCAUAGUUUCACCGAGAUACCUGUUUGCGGCACUUCCCGCAUGUGAAUACGACAGCUAUCGCACCCUUGUCACCAAACGACAGCAAUCAGCAAUCCCAACAUUCGUUUCUCGUAUAAUAAAGAAUGAUCUCGUACAGGUUAAGAGCCAUCCGCCUUGGCAUGACCCGGAAGCCAUGCGAGAUUUCUUCCUUGAUCCCACCAGCCGCGUCGUGGACGGACAAAUAUCGCACAAACAUGAAGCACCCUACAUUGCCGAAAAUGCCAUGGAUGCCCCUACGUCAGUAUCAGGAACACUACAGGGAAUACUCGAAACAAUAAACAGGUCUUCUGCUUCGGCAACAUCUGUCGGCGUCGACAUGGAGGAUAUCAGCAAUGUCAACAUCCAAAACACUUUGUUCGUUGAUCGCAAUUUCACACAGGCAGAGCGUGAAUACUGCUCCCAGGCAGCCAGCCCUCAAGCCUCCUUUGCUGGGCGUUGGAGCGCGAAGGAAGCUGUUUUCAAGAGCCUCCAAACCACGUCAGCUGGUCCUGGUGCUGCAAUGAAUGAAAUCGAAAUUCUUAAUGAGCAAGGCAUCCCGAAAGUCGUUCUCCAUGGUCACGCCCAAGAAGUUGCGGACUCAAACGGGAUCGCCAAUAUCGAGGUCACGAUUAGCCACUGCGAUAAUACCGCGAUCGCUGUCGCCUUAGCUAGCAAGAGGAACCACAGUACUGAGUAGAUUAAGAUUAUUCCAGUCCUAUCUACGUAAUUAAAAAUUAACGUUUCCGCCCAGAAAGGAUACAUCCAAGAGUACAACCAUGACAGAAAUUUUCAUGUCCAACA